CCGAAGAAGGAAGCCCGAGGGGAGGAGAGACCAUGUCCGAGACGGCUCCCGAAGCUCCCGUGGCCGCGGCGCCGGCCGCCAAGGCGCCGGCCAAGAAAGCCAAGAAGCCCGCGGGCGCCGCCAAGCCGCGCAAGGCGUCGGGCCCCAGCGUCACCGAGCUGCUCACCAAGGCGGUGGCCGCGUCCAAGGAGCGCAACGGCGUGUCCCUGGCCGCCCUCAAGAAAGCGCUGGCGGCCGCCGGCUACGACGUGGAGAAGAACAACAGCCGCAUCAAGCUGGGCCUCAAGAGCCUCGUGAGCAAAGGCACCCUGGUGCAGACCAAAGGCACGGGCGCCUCGGGCUCCUUCAAGCUCAACAAGAAGCAGCACGAGGGCAAGGACAAGGCGGCCGCGUCGGCGGGGGCGGCUUCCAAGAAGAAGACGCCUGUCAAGGGCAAGAAGCCGGCGCCCAAGAAGCCCGCCGGGGGCGCCGCCGCCAAGAAGGCCAAGAAGCCCGCGCCCAAGAAGAGCCCCAAGAAGGUGGCCAAGAAGCCCGCCGCGGGGGCCAAGAAGGCGGCGGCCAAGAGCCCCAAGAAGCCCGCCAAAGCCGCCAAGCCCAAGAAGGCGGCGGCCAAGAGCCCGGCCAAAGCCAAGGCGGUCAAGGCCAAGCCCAAAGCCAAGCCCAAGACGCCCAAGGCCAAGGUAGCCAAGACCAAGAAGGGGGCGGCCAAGAAGAAGUGAGGACGCUGCCCCCUACGCACACUCGACGACCUUUCUCAUCCCAAAGGCUCUUUUAAGAGCCACCCACACCUUCACCGAGAAAGAGCUGACUUCCUCCUCCUGUGCUAAAUAUUGAAUUACUCUUUGCCU